UCCCAUGGAUCUACGCUGGUCUCGGAUGUUAUGUCCCGGAUCGGCCAGAGCUUUGGCAGUCUCAAAGCUCCCCAAUGGCAAUGCUUGAACGAUACCCAAGACUGCACUGUCCUCUAUGAGAAGAGUAUCGAGCUCGCUGCCGCGUCUCUUGCCUUUACCGCCCAGCUCAAUUAUAAGUUGAACAACGAGAUUCAUUCGAGCAAGUCUCAUGCUCAAGAGGCGAAGGAUCUCCACCUCAAAGCGAGCGAUGAUCUGAAGGCAGCGAAUGCGAAGCUUGAGGCAGGAGCCAAGGAACGUGAGGACAUGGCCACCGAGCUCGGGAAGCUGAAAACUGAGCUCAAGGAGCAUAAGAAGGAGAUCACUCGGCUUCAAGAGACCAACAAGAAGCUUGAAGAGGAAAAGGCUGCCACCUUUGACAUCAUGGAGGAUGAAAAAGCUCGUCUCCUUGCUGAGUACAAAGAAAAGAAGGAUCAAGCGGUUGACUCGGCCAUGUACCGAAUGUGGGCCUACAAUGAAGAUCUGGACACCAGCUUCUUAGGUCCUCACGAGGCGACACUUCUUGACAGGUGGAAUGCUCGGCUCGAGAUGGAAUAGGCUGCUCAGCUCGAGAAGGAAAAGGCUGCUCGGGAGGCCGUUUCGGAGGGAACCCAGGAGGACAACCAUGCUAUUCGUCCUGAGGAAUCUGGUGCUGCUGAUGCUGAGAAGGCCAAGGAGACUCCUCUUCCUUAAAUCUGAUCUCGGGGAAACCAUCUAUUGGGGCUGCGUCCCCUUAUUUUUGUAAUUAUUUUAAUUUAUGCCCACGGGGCCGAUACAAUUUCUUUAAAUAUUACUUAUAUAUGCU